UCCCGCAUGCGCAGUGCCAUCUGGAUGUUCAGGAGCCUGGGAGAAGAAGAUGCUGAACGGACCGACUGUAUAACUGGAACAGCUUAGUCAUAUAUUUUCACUUGUCUUGUCUAGUGUCUUGUAAAAUUGCAGUUUAAUGUCGAACUAUACCCGGGACUGUGUAGAAACGGAUAAGUGGUAACGGAGGCAGAGGAAGAAGAGCAAAGCAGUAACUGACAGGAGCUGGGCAUCAAACUGCACCGAAUGUCAUUAAGUUACACGCUCUCAAACACCGAGGACUAUAAAGACCAAAGGCAGAGCCAUGGAGGCUGUAACACAUCUUGUGAAUGACACUGUAGAAUUUUAUAAAUGGAGCCUUACAAUAGCAGACAAGAGGGUGGAGAACUGGCCGAUGAUGUCGUCUCCCUUCCCCACUCUGGCCCUCAGCUGCCUGUACCUGCUCUUCCUGUGGGCGGGGCCUAGAUACAUGAAGGACCGCCAGCCCUACACACUCAGGAAGACCCUCAUAGUCUACAACUUCAGCAUGGUGGUCCUCAACUUCUACAUCACCAAAGAGCUCCUAAUAGGCACUACAGCAGCCAGAUACAGCUACCUUUGUCAGCCUGUCAACUACUCCAAUGAUGUCAACGAAGUCAGGAUAGCAUCUGCUCUUUGGUGGUACUACAUUUCCAAAGGAGUGGAAUUCUUGGACACAAUCUUUUUCAUCCUGAGGAAGAAGUUUAACCAGGUCAGCUUCCUCCACGUCUACCACCACUGCACUAUGUUCAUCCUCUGGUGGAUUGGAAUUAAAUGGGUCCCUGGUGGACAAGCUUUUUUAGGUGCGACCAUUAACUCUUGUGUUCACGUACUCAUGUACGGUUACUAUGGCCUGGCAGCUCUGGGACCUCACAUGCAGAAGUACCUCUGGUGGAAGAAAUACCUCACCAUUAUUCAGAUGAUCCAGUUCCACGUGACCAUCGGCCACGCUGCCCACUCACUCUACACAGACUGUCCAUUCCCCAACUGGAUGCAGUGGUCUCUGAUUGGCUACACUAUAUCCUUCAUCAUCCUCUUUGCCAAUUUCUACUACCACGCUUACCGGCGCAAACCCCCCUCACACAAGGGAGGCAAGCCCGUGGCAAACGGCAACUCGGUGCUCAUUAACGGUCACAGCAAAGUGGAGGAUAACAGGAAGAGACAAAAAAAAGAAAGACCAAAAAGGGAGUAAAGAAAGACAAGGGGCGUGCUUGGUGUUAAACAGAAAGAAGACAGAUGUUUCGAGGGCCAGGGAGGGAAGAAAUGAACCAGACUGGCUUCAGCAUCCCUGCAAAUAAUGUAGAUGGAUGAAAUUUGUGACCAAUUUGUGAAGAUGAAAGGGCAGCAAUGUAGGUGGGUGUGUCUGUAAAGGGUUCUGGUUAUGAGAGGAAGAGUGGGGUACUGAUUGUCUCCAUUUAAUCAAGAAAAGCAAAACGCUGAUCAUGUACAGUAAGCUCUGUGCUCCUUUGCACAACACUGCUUUGGACCAUAAUAGUAAUAAUAUAAAAACAACCAAAAUUCACCUCCAAGCUUUGUACUCUAGAUUUGAGUAUUGUUUUAACUAAAAGCUCGAGUAGUCUUUAAUAAGCUAAUUUAUUUCGUAGUGCCCUAAAAGAGUUUUAAUGAACAUAACCAAAAGAAGAACAUGCAGUUAUACCAAAGAUUAGCAAAUGAAAAGUAUGAAGUGUCCCAAACUGAAGCUGCAAAUACAGAAUACCAUUUUCUUUGUGUUCAAUGUGAAAUAAAAACUUGCUUUAAAUCCCUUUUGGGGGAGGAAACUUUAGAUUCUUUUAGUAUUUAUUUAAAUUUGUGGGUUACUUUUGUUAUAAUAUUUUUCAUGGGUCCUCAUGAUUUAUUUCUUUUUGCUGUGCGAUGUAGCUGAUGUGCAAGAAUAAGAGAUUAAAGUUGAGCUCAGUAUUGUCUCACUGCCAAGUAGGACUGAAGGGAAAACUAAUCAUGAAAAGAGUUUAAGAAGAUGAAUGGUAAUUUCAUUGUCUUAUUAAAAUGAAAGUGACAGAUUCUGGCUGCACAUAUAACAAAUAAAAGACAAUGUCAGCGCCCCAUAGUUAAUGCUUGUGAACCUGGGUUAGUUUUGAUGUGAGCAUGUGAACACAUUUGCAGAAUCAGUCAGCUACUUUACUACUAAAGCGAUGUUUAGCUGCCUAUUUCUCUCCAUGUUCUCGUUUUCCUCUCUUUUCUCCCUACAUCUUGCAUUUGUUUCUUCCAUCUCGGUCUGCAGGAUGAAAAGGACUCACGUGUGUGUGUGAAAGAGAGAAGUAGCCUGUGUCUUUGGCCUGUCCAUACAGAGCUGCCCUAAUCUGUGGGGGUAAAUUGGCUUUAGCUCUCAAAGAGCUUAUUUCUAUGUCACGCCAUACCCAGGAAAGCAGGUUACUGGAAGAGAAGCCUUUACUAAUCUACCAUCAGGUCGCUAUUGAAAUUCUGAAACUGGCUUUUACAAGAGACACCUAAGUGACACCAGUGCAGUGCAAAUUAAUAUUCUGGUUCAUUUCAGGAUUAUACUGCUCUAUUCAGCCACGUUUUUUCACAUGCUUGUCACUCAUUUCUUCAGUAGCCUGUGACAAACACACUAAA